AUGAAAAAUACAAGUCAUUAUAUCGUCAAUUUAGACGAUAAAUUCCAUUCCACACGAAAUUCAGUUUCGCUCUAUCGGUAUUGGCGUCAAUUACAUAGACAACAACGUGUAUUUAUCAUUGCUGUUGUUUUGUUAUGUAUAUUUAUUUAUAUUGGUUAUCGUUCACAUUCAACAGAAAAAAUUGUUAAACUUCUACCAGAAUAUCAUCGACAAGAAAUAAGUAAAGAAAAAGAAGCUUGGCAACGUAAACAAAUUGAACAAGCUCAACCAAUUAAAGUCAAAGUUCAAAAGCAAAUUUUUUCGGAUCCAAUAAAUGAACGUCAAAUAGCUGUACGAGAUGCUAUGCGACAUGCUUGGAAAGCAUAUCGAACUUAUGCAUGGGGUUAUGAUGAAUUACUACCAUUAUCUAAAGUAUCUUCACCAUGGUUUGGUCUUGGUUUGACGAUUGUUGACAGUAUUGAUACAUUAUAUAUAAUGAAUAUGACUGAAGAAUAUAAUGAAGCUCGGGAAUGGAUUGAAAAAAGCUUUGAUUGUGAUUCAAAUUCAGCUGAUAAAUUUAAUUCACAUUUCGAAAUCACGAUACGAAUAUUGGGUGGUUUACUUAGCAUUUAUCAUUUAACAGCAGAUGAAAUAUUUUUAAAACGUGCAAUUGAAUUAGGUGAUCGACUUUUAGUCAAUUUUAAUACACCAACAGGUUUACCAUUAGCUGAAAUUAAUAUUAAACGAAAAGCCGCUAGUGGUUAUCGAUGGACUUCAGAUUCAGCUUUAUCAGAAGUUGGUACUGUUCAAAUCGAAAUGCGUGAUUUAUCACGAGUUAGUGGUGAUAAAAAAUAUGAAGAUGCAGUUGAUAAAGCCUCGGCUGUACUUCAUAGUCAAUCAAAGAAAGAUGGUCUUGUACCGAUAUUUAUUAGUCCACUAACUGGUCGAUUUUCAGGUGGUGUUGUAUCAUUUGGUGCACGUGGAGAUUCUUAUUAUGAAUAUUUACUCAAACAAUGGCUACAAACAGGACAACAGAGACCUGUUUUUUGGGAAGAUUGGAUCGAAUGUAUUGAGGGCGUACGUAAACAUCUUUGGCGUUUAGCUUAUCCAGAAAAACUUUAUUUUGUUGGUGAAUUAACUGGCAUGUCAAUAUUUUCACCAAAAAUGGACCAUUUGGCUUGUUUUCUUGCUGGUAAUAUGGCUCUUGGUUGGUAUUUUCAACGUAAUUUAACAUAUCUUCUUGAUAUGGCAAAAGAUUUAACCAAAACUUGUUAUCAACUGUAUGCUAAACAAGAAACAGGUCUUAGCCCUGAAAUAGCUUAUUUUAAUACUGAUCCCCAUUUAAAUGGAGAAACAAUAACUGUUCGAGACAAUGAUGCACACAAUUUAUUACGACCAGAAUUAAUUGAAUCUUUAUAUUAUAUGUAUUAUUUAACUGAUGAUAAAACCUAUCAAGAUUGGGGUUGGGAAAUAUUUCAAUCAUUUGAAAAAUAUACUCGACAAACUGAUGGUUACUCAUCAAUAAAUGAUGUGCGACAUAAAGAUAAUGUUCGACCACGUGAUAAAAUGGAAAGUUUUUUUCUUGCUGAAACAUUAAAGUAUCUUUAUUUACUUUUUGAUAAAAAAAAUUUAUUUUCAUUUGAUCAAUGGUUAUUUAAUACAGAAGCACAUCCUCUGCCUAUUUAUAAAAAUUAA